UGGUUUGUUCUUUUUUGUGGUAAAGCUGCCUGGGUCCAGUUUUUCUGGUGUAGGAGUAAAAAUGAGUGAAGAAGGUGAUGUGGAGAGAGGAGAGUUGAAGAAAGUGAUUUACAGAAAAGAAUGUACGGUGGUGGUACAUGUUGGAGACAACAGAAAGAUGGCGGCAGGCAUCGCGGUAAAGGGUGUGUGUGAGACUGAUUAUUAUGAUCAUAAACUUCGAGAUUGCAGCUCCAUGCUAAUGCUCAGGACUUCCACACAAUUUAAUAAUCUGGGAUCACAGGAGAAAGAAGCAGUUUGCUCAAUCUACCGCCAAGGACUGGCAUGUGCUCUGGACUUAAUCAACGAGUGCGCAGACUCGCCACAGUUGAUGUACCGUGGUUACACGAUGGAAGCCCUGAGAACCAGACUUGAGACGUAUCGGGAUAACGUUAACACAAAGUGUGCCUAGAUAUAGGAAUAGCACACAGCUGAGACCAUUUGAGGAUAAUUUCUUAAAUUCUGCUGGCGAGAUUUAAUGUUGUCGCAGUAUUUUUAAUUAUCUUUUACAAAUUUGUCAGUUAGUACUAUAAUAGGCUAACUGUUGUAACUAUCAUACAUACUAAUUUUAA